AUGGCCAAGCUCAUCACGAUCGUCGGCGCCACCGGUGCCCAGGGCAAGGGCGUCGUCCGGGCCUUCAUCAAUAACCCAGCCUACCAAGUCCGCGCCAUCACCCGCAACCCCUCCGGUCCCGCCGGCCAGGCCCUCGCCGCGCAGGGCGCCGAAGUAGUCGCAGCCGACCUCAACGACCUCGCCAGCCUCAAGACGGCCUUCGCCGGCUCCCACAUCAUCUUCGCCGUCACCAACUUCUUCGAGCCCUUCAUCGCCCACCAAUCCCCCGACAAAGCCAUGGAAAUCGAACUCCACCAGGGCACCAACCUCGCCACCGCCGCCGCCGCCACCCCCACCCUCGAGCACUACAUCUGGAGCACGCUCCCCAACGCCCUCGCCCUCUCCGCCAACAAAUACCUCAUCCCCCACUUCGAGGGCAAGAACCGCAUCGACGCGCACAUCCGCACCCACCUCCCCGCCCUCCUCGCCAAAACCACCUUCCUCUGGGUCACCUGGUACCACAGCAACUACGCCUUCCCCAUGUUCACGCCCUACCUCAUCCCCACGGCCGGCAAGCACCUGCAGCUCGCCAACUACGCGCCCGAGACGCCCAUCACCACCAUCGGCGACGUGUCGGCCAACGUGGGGGCGUUCGUCAAGGCGGCGGUGGAGCAGGGGGACAAGACGCGGGGCGGCGCGGUGGUGCUGGCGGCGACGGAGACGCACCAGGCCGGGGAGAUGUUGCAGCUUUGGGCGAGGGCGCGGGGCACCAAGGCGCAGUUGGUGCGGGUGAGUGGGGAGGCGUUUAGGGAGAUCUGGCCGCUGUGGGCGGAGGAGAUGGGCGUGAUGAUGGAGUUUUGGGAUGAGUAUCGGGAGAGGAGCUGGACGAGGGCGGAUGGGGGCAAGGUGUUGGGGAAGGAGGACUUGGGUGUGGCCGAGUUUCAGGGGUUGGAGGAGGCGUAUAAGGGGCUGGAGGUGUGA